AUGAUCGACAAGCUUAACGACGUUCUCGACAAGAAGCCAGACUCGACUUUGUGUCCCCCCUCUACUGUGGUAGUCCCUCCGCCUUCAGAGAAAUCCCGCCUCGAGCUACCCAAGGAAGCCAUUGAUGCCCUAUUCUUUCGUGGCCAAAGCUUCCAGAACAAGGUGGAUAAGUGCUGUGCAGCAUGCAACAAUGCUCCUACGGUUGAAGGUGGUCGAUUCAUUGGUAAUGAUGAUCCGAGAUCCUUCGCUGAAUUCUCUCAACUGGUUCGCCAACAUAAUAUGUACCUCUACGGUGAUGCGGUUACCCGAUACUUCUUCCUACUACAUAACCUCUCUCCGAGUGUUCACAACUCCACAGUGUUCGGCCUGCAAUAUGGUGAUGCGCAAGACACGCCUCAAUGCACCAGUGUGAACGACUUCCAAAGGCUACUCGACAAG